AUGACGACGGACGCACCGCAAGUCAGCUAUGAAACUCCGGAAUGGGUGGCUAAUUGCAGAACUUGCAAGCGUGUAUGGCAACGACUUACAAAUGGCAGUACAUUUCGACGCCCAAUUGCCGUUGGAAAUUACAAAAAUCCACUGCCCGCACAAUGUCCACAUUUGCAACCGAUACGACAAGUAUUCGACGAAUACAGUAGAGAUAAAAUCGAAGCCGAUAUGGCCGAGACGCACAUCACAUCCGGAGUCCGACGAUACACGAUUGAUCUUAAAAAUACUACCUCUAUGUAUUCAUCAUAUACCUGGAAUCUUGCUCUAGUUGAUAAAGAAUCUGUGCCUCAUCAUCCAGGUACUGUCCGUAUUCUGGACCCUGAAUGGGCAGAUCUCGCUGUAUUAAAGACAUGGAAAGAUACUUGCCUAUCAUCUCAUGGCGCUUCAUGUCAGAAUCCCUUCAAAAUAUGGCAUACACGGCCUGCUUGGCUGAUAGAUGUUGAACAAAAGUGCCUCGUCCCGGGGGAUGUUGGAGGGACCUACGUUGCGCUGAGUUACACCUACGGAAAUCAUGCCGGCCGCCUAGUUGAUGCCAGCAUCCUCGACAAGUUCCAAGUACCGGGUGCUCUAGAAAGCCCAUCCCUUUCAGGACAUAUCUCCCCCAUCAUACGAAACGCCAUAUUUUUGACUGCAGCCAUUGGGGAAAAGUAUCUUUGGGUAGAUGCGAUAUGCAUCACCCACGAAGAUCGAGAGUCAACUGCACGGCAAUUAACUUCUAUGGGUGCCAUCUACGCCAACGCAAUCGUCACAGUUGUGGCAGCCGACGGAGAUUCUCUUACUGGCCUUGCAGGUAUCAGGUGCAUCUCAGCCGCGCGGCAACUUAACCAGGUCAUCGUUCCUUUUCAGGAUCAGAAGUUGAAGAGGUUGGACUAUUGGGCGUUGCAAAUGGAAAAUCGGCUACCUUACUACGAAAGAGGCUGGAUAUACCAAGAAGUCAGGCUAUCUACUCGAAAGAUGUCUUUCACG